AGUUUGUCCAUGGAGCAGUAUGGAGAGAAGAAGAUAGCAUAGUAAGGUGGUGGAGUUGUGGACAGGAUGGCCUUCCUGGACAACCCAGCAAUUAUAUUGGCUCAUAUUCGGCAGUCGCAUGUGACCAGUGAUGACACAGGGAUGUGUGAAAUGGUCCUGAUAGAUCAUGAUGUUGACCUAGAGAAAUUCAAUCAUUCUUCAGUGACUGGAGACAGUGGUUCGGAAACACAGGGAAGCAAUGGAGAGACUCAGGGUUAUGUAUAUUCCCAAUCAGUUGAUAUUACCUCAAGCUGGGACUUCGGUAUUAGAAGACGAUCAAAUACAGCUCAGAGACUAGAACGACUACGAAAAGAGAGACAAAAUCAAAUAAAAUGCAAAAACGUUCAGUGGAAAGACAGAAAUGCUUCUUGUUCAGCAGAGGAGUUAAGCUCGCUGUUUGAAAAAAAGAAUUUCAGAGUAAAGUCUCCACAUUCUGGGAAACAGUCGUUACUGUCUGUGCGACUUGAGCAGUGCCCACUGCAGUUGAACAACCCUUUCAAUGAAUACUCAAAAUUUGAUGGCAAGGGUCAUAUUGGUACAACUGCAACCAAAAAAAUUGAUGUCUACCUCCCAUUGCACACAAGCCAAGACAAACUGCUGCCAAUGACAGUUGUGACGAUAGCAAAUGCCAAGGUGCAUGACCUGAUUGGACUAAUAUGCUGGCAAUACACGAGUGAAGGACGGGAACCCAAACUAAAUGACAAUGUCAAUGCCUACUGUCUCCAUAUUGCUGAGGACGAUGGUGAGGUUGACACUGACUUUCCACCCUUGGAUUCCAAUGAACCCAUUCAUAAAUUUGGCUUCAGCACUCUAGCAUUGGUUGAAAAGUAUUCUUCUCCCGGGCUGGCAGCUAAACAGUCACUCUUUGUUCGAAUAAAUGCUGCUCAUGGAUUCUCACUUAUUCAGGUGGACAGUAUGAAGGUCACCAUGAAGGAUAUCUUACAAAAGGCCUUAAAGCGGAGGAAGGGAUCACAGAGGUGUUCAGGUCCUCAGUAUCGUCUGGAGAAGCAGAGUGAACCCAAUGUCCCAGUAGACUUAGACUGUACCUUGGAGAGCCAGAGCACUUUGGAAUUCUGCCUUGUCCGAGAGAACAGUUCAAGAGGAGAAGAGAUCUCAGAGGAAGAUCCUCAUAUCGAUAUAGCUACAGUUCAAGAUAUGCUUAGUAGCCACCAUUACAAGUCCUUCAAAGUCAGCAUGAUCCAUAGGCUUCGGUUCACAACUGAUGUUCAGUUAGGUAUCUCUGGAGACAAGGUAGAGAUAGACCCUGUUACUAAUCAGAAGGCCAGCACUAAGUUUUGGAUUAAGCAGAAACCCAUUUCGAUCGAUUCUGAACUCCUCUGCGCCUGUGACCUUGCGGAAGAAAAAAGCCCAAGUCAUGCAAUAUUUAAACUUACAUAUCUAAGCAAUCAUGACUACAAACACCUCUACUUUGAAUCAGAUGCUGCUACCAUCAAUGAAAUUGUCCUGAAGGUUAACUAUAUUCUAGAAUCCCGAGCAAGUACAGCCAGAGCAGAUUAUUUUGCUCAGAAACAAAGAAAACUGAGCAGGAGAACAAGCUUUAGCUUCCAGAAGGAGAAGAAAUCAGGACAGCAGUAAUGUCUAGCCUAGAGCAAAAAACUGUCCGCACAAUUCGAAGAAGGAGAAGCUCCCAACAGCCUGAGACAGGUGGGAGCCAGAACUACAGAGAUCUUGCUGCCAACAGCCAGGAGCAGCCAAGGAAGAGAAUCAGUAAUACACAGUUUCUCAUGAUGAACAGAUGACCCCACUUUGGUUAUGGGAAGUCUCCCUUAUGACAAAAACAAAGAGCCAUAUCAGCCGGAAGGAGGGACUGUGACACUUACGAUUCCUUUGAUUAGAAGUGAGGCGGAUGUAGGCUGGCAUCGUUUAAGAACUAUAUUAUGUACAAUCACAAGGAAAGAUGUGGUUACAAAUUAUUUCACAGCCCGAUAAAGAUAAAUUCUAUACAUCUGUUAUAUAUACACACACGCGCGCGCGCACACAGGUACUGCUUGUGACAUGAUCAAAUUUCUAAAAAUGAAAUGUAUCCAUUUUUACUGUUAAUAAAGGUGUAAUCUUUCUC